AGAAAUGAUAUCGAUAAUUCGCAUCAACGAAUCUGAUUCAUUGCAAUUUUCAUUCUCGUUAAGUGCUAAAGACCCGUAGUAAUCAAUUAAUUGUUGUAAAAUAAUUUUAUCUUCAUACUCGCGAUUGUUUCAUUAAAAAUGGAUCAGUCUCGUUCGCCUUCGCCAAUUAGUUAUGCAGCGAUGAAAAAACAUUGUGUAAUGAGUUUUUCAACCGAUAAAGCGUAAAUAUUUCUAAAAUCCGAGUUGAUAUUACUCGUCAUCACAUGUUGAAAUUUCAAAUCAAAGUACUGGUGAAAUUGACGAAGACGACGACGUCGACGUUAACGUUACAUCUUCGCGAUACGUCGUAGAAUGAGCGAAGACCAUGGUCUUCGAGACGAUAACGUUAAUUCGGAAAAAUCAGCAAAUUGUUUUCAUUUCGUGAACAAGUCGUCGAAGAAAUCGAGAAAUUCGUUGGACAGUACCCAACCGGAGCAAACUACCUUGACGGCUGAUUGUUUAGUGAAGUGUAAUUCGUUAGUAGAUAACGGUGGUCUGACAAAUGUGACGUUGUGUUGCGCAGUUACCGAAGAUAGCCAAACCAAAGGACGAUUUCAUUACGUUGGUAAAUCCAAAGUACGAGUCGAUAGUUACCAGAAACCAAAUGGUGUAGAGAUUACCAUGGAAUCAUCAAACAAUAAGCAUAAAGUAUCGCACGAACGACGUUCAUCCGAAGAACGUAGUCUAGCUGAUGGUAAAUCUGUCCACGCUUUUAUACGAAACGCUGUCAUAAUUUCGGGAAGUGUAUCUUGUCGAAAUGGCCAAGAGAAUAACGAUGCCGAAGCCGAAGAAGAAGAGUGCCAAAAAACAGUCGUUACCCAAGAUGAAUGUACAACUACGAAGAAACCCAAACGUAGAGUGAAACGAUCUAGAUCUUUAACAGCUCUGCAUUCUCGUUCGAAUACCAUCGAUCAGUCCGACGAUAGUAGUGAUUCGUUUAAUAGCUCUUUGGAGAGCUUGAUUAAACAUAAUAUAUCCAAUGCUAAAGCUUUACAGCCUAUUUCCGUUUCUAAAGCUAAAGAAAGGAAUUAUCUUCACGGACGAUCCGGAUUACAAUCUUUAUUAGGGCGAGGAGAAUUAGAACGUAUCUUCCCAAAGCAAGAAAUAACCAUUUUUAUCGCCACUUGGAACAUGAACGGCGAAAAACCUUCUCCGAAUUUAAACGAAUUAUUUCUAAGCGAAAAAAUGGAAACUUUACCCGACGUGUACGUGAUCGGUACUCAGGAAAGUUAUUCUGAAACAGCAGAAUGGGAAAUAGCUAUCCAAGAGACAAUUGGACCAACUCAUGUACUGUUUCAUUCGGAAACACUCGGUACACUUUUUAUUGCGGUUUUCAUUCGUAGAGAAUUGAUUUGGUACUGCUCGUUACCGGAAGAUGAUAGUCACAGUGUUCGUCCAGGAAGCGCUUUCAAGACCAAAGGAGGUGUUGGUAUUUGUUUUUAUAUCUUCGGUAGCUCGUUUUUAUUCAUCACAGCUCACUUGACCGCUCACGAUGAUAAACUGCAAGAGAGAAUUAGCGACGUUGAGAGAAUCAUGAAAUCGUUGGAGUUACCUAAACAGCUUCCUAUUACUAGACGACCGAUUCGAUCGAGAACUCCGAACGUUGUGCAUAAUUUCGAUUACGUAUUUUGGUUCGGUGAUUUGAAUUUUCGAUUAACCCAACCUAGAGAACAAAUCAUCGAAUGGGUUCAAAAGCAAAAGUUUCCUAUGGAUUCGAAUAUACCGCUUCCAUUCUACGAUCAACUGUAUUCUAGCAUGAAGAAAGGAUUGGUUUUUCGCGGAUUUCAAGAAGCUCCUAUUACAUUUCCGCCUACUUAUAAAUACGAUCCAGGUACCACUGUUUUUGAUACCUCGCAUAAGAAACGAAUACCUUCUUAUACAGACAGGAUUUUAUUCAAGUGUAGAAAAAGCUCUAGGAGUAUACUCACUCCUGCGACCAAUUACACGAGUAUAAAAAAUGUUGUUUAUACUUCGACUCCGUCGUUCUCUACCUCAGACCAUAAACCCGUAUGGGGUGUUUACAAGUGCAAACUUCGUACAGGCGUUGACAAUAUGCCAUUAGCUGCUGGUUGGUUCAAACGUGAUGUCUACUUGGAAGCGUUGAAAAGACGAGCAGCUCACCACAAAAGCAGAUUUACUUCGCUUACUGAUUCCAAACAAUGUUCUAUUCAAUAAUUAUAUUUCUUCAUUUCUACAACAUACGAAUCCGGUGACGAACUUCAGAUCUUGCCUCAAUGUACCCAAGUGCCAUUUUAAUUUUAUAAAUGAGAAUAUUUUUAUUUUUAUUCAAUCUCCUUCUCCGAGUAGAAAAUAUAAUCGAUAUUCGAUUACUCGUAAUUAAAAAGACUUGCCUAAAAAUUGCCUUUCAAUCAUAAAUUUUUACAAUAAAAAUAUGAUCUCAGUGUGAUAACGAUAUAGUAUUAAAAACGUCCUUUUUUUUGUUGGUAUUUUUCAAUCAAAAAAUAUUGGUCUAAUAAAUAAUAAUAAAUAACUUGUCGUCCAAAAUGAAACCAUAAACAAUAUGGUUGAAUGAAAUACUUAUAUAAUUGAAUCGGUCAGUGCAGAAAGGGCAUAAGUCCAUUUUUGCGUUUUUCAGGAAUAACAAAAAACUGAUUCAUUCAAAAAUCAAAAAAUUUCAGUAAACAUGCUUAAGGUCAUUGAAAGAGGACCCCAAGACACAACUUUUAGCGCAGUUUCCAAAAAAAAAUAUUCACGUGCGCCAGUGCUGUUGCUGCCUAAACAAAUGGGACUUAGACCCUUUCUGCACUGAAUUGACAAAAUUUCUUUCGAAAUUUCUCGGGCACGAAUGGGGCUUGAUUCUACAUCUAAGUACAUCAUUUAGACUGCUAUCCCGUUUAAAUUGACCAAAAACCCCUUGAGUUCUAAGACUUUUUGUCGAAGUUGUUAAUUUUUUCAUCAUUUUUCAGUUCAGAGAUUAACUUAAAUUUCAAAAAAUGGUCUUCUCAAAAAUGUUAGUUAUUUUUCAAGGAAUUUAAAAAAUUUUACAAAAAAGUCAUAAAUGCGGAUCCGCCCUUUUUCUGCGCCCAAAUACCACUUUCCCGGCAGUUUUGCGGAAAUCUGACAUCACCAGUCGAUCCGCCAUACUUUGAAACCCCCAUUUCCGCAAAAAAAAUUUUUUUCAAAAAUGUGACUUGUUACCUUUCUGCACUGACCGAUUCAAUUAUGUACCUAAUACGCUCAUUUAAAAAAAAAAAAACGAUAUACGAGUAAUUUUGUUUAAAUCAUUGAUAUUUUCUUUUCGUAUUUAAUAUUGUGUUAUUUUUCUACUUUUUGAAUAAUUUUGAUAAAUAUUUUUGCAAAGAACGCACCUUUUCAAAAAUCAAGUUUACACGUUUUAAUAUUAUUUUUUCGUUUGUGGAUUACAUCACCAAACCUUAGUGCAAAUGGUUCUAUUACUUUCACUUUUUUUUCCAAAUUAUUCACUGCUUUAUUGCUAGUCAGGUUUUCAAGAAUAUGAAAUUGAUGAUUGAUUACUUUUUAACCUGUGAUAAAUUUUAUGCUUAUGAGUUGGUUGUACUACAUAUUACGGAUUACUCGAGUCAUUUUGAAUUGUGUUAUUUCUUUUUAAUAAUGAGUCGCCAGUACCUACUACGUAAGAAUUGAGAAGUAAUCGUGUGUGUUUUGUUGUGCCUACCAGUUUAAAAUUAAAUUUAAAUCGCUUCUACCAUUUUAUUUUAUUGUAAUUUCAUUAUAAAUAAAGAGUGAUUUUUCAGUUUCACAAAA